GUUGUGUAGCAGUGACUCGGGGUGGGGAGGAUGUGGAACAGAGCGCUCAGUCUGGAACAGAUACUGCCAGUGGACAGGAGUCGAAUUGUUGUCGGGCGGGAAGUGAGUGCAGUUUACCGACACAAACACACACACACAUACGGCGUGUGUUUCGCGUUUCUGCAAGUGAAGCAAAAUAGGCGACAAGCUGUCGGCUCGUACUAGCACUACGGCAGGGGCCGCGAGUGGCACAGUGGGUGGUGCAAGCAGUGUUGGCACAAGCCAUCGCCACCAUCACCAUCGCAAACACCGGUCGCGUUCCACUCCGCGAUACACCGAUGUGGAGAAGCCUAAGAAGAAGAAAAUUCUCAGUGGCGGGAGUACCUCCCUUGUGUCGAUUCCCAACGCCAUUAAGCUCUCCAUGCUAAACAGUGGCCUCAUGUCUCUAGAAGAAAAUGGCGUCAAAUCUACAAUUCCUGACAAGCCGAUCGACCUCAAGAACUACACCAAGCUCUGUGACCUACGCCGGAAGUUCCAAGUCCUUUACAGAGUUGAAUUCCAGACGGCUUGUAAAGUAGAAACACAUUCUUGUCGCCAUGCCACCAAAGCAGCUAAUAAAGAGAAGAACCAGAACCAGAAGUGCAUUCCAUAUGAUUACAAUAGAGUUGUAUUGGAGCCAUUAGACAACACUCCAGAUUCUGAUUAUAUUAACGCAUCAUAUGUGGAUAGUUUAUUAAAACCAAACGCAUAUAUAGUGACACAAGGACCCACAGAAAACACCGUGACAGACUUCUGGAGGAUGGUUUGGCAAGUGAAAGCAAGUUGUAUUGUUAUGCUGACCAAGACUUUUGAUUUUAUUAGAGUAAUGUGCAUGCAGUACUGGCCAGCAUCAAAAGAAAAGGAUGAAACACAUGGGGGCAUCUCAAUAUCUGUUGUCCACGAAGAAGAAUUGGCCAACUUCCAUAUUCGAACCUUCCUACUAGCUAAGAAAGAAGAAGGCGCUGAUGUUAAAGAAGAAAGACGAAUUCUCCAGUUCCACUACACAGAAUGGCCAAGCCAUACCUGCCCUUUUUCCAAUUCAGUUCUUGAAUUUCGGAGACGGAUACGUGCUGUUGUUGGAUCCCACCAAACUGCCAAGCAUGGACCCAUGGUGGUGCAUUGCAAUGAUGGUGGCGGAAGAUCGGGUGUUUAUCUAGCAAUAGAUGCAAACUUGGAACUGGCUGAAGAGGAAGACUGUUUUGAUGUGUUUGGAUACCUCAAGAAACUCAGGCAGUCCAGAAAAGGACUUAUUGAAACGCUGGACCAAUACAAAUUUGUAUACGACACACUGGAGGAAUUUGUAAUUUGUGGAGCUUCAUGGUUUCCUGUAAAAGAGCUUUCACAGAGGCUGAAACAGAAAUCCAUGAAGAAUGUAAUCACCAAGAUGAAUGAAUACCAAAGAGAAUAUCAGCAAAUUUGUAAACAAACACCACGUUACACCAUUGGAGACUGUGCAGGAGGGCACCGGGGAGACAACAGAGAGAAAAACAGGGAUGUUCUCAUUGUGCCUCCUGACAACUCCAGACCAUAUCUUACCUCAUUUCAGGGAAACAACUUUACCGAUUACAUAAAUGCAGUUUUUGUGGAUGGCUAUACAAAACCUAGGGAGUACAUUGUUACGGAGUGGCCACUCAAACAUACAUGUGGGGAGUUCUGGAGUUUGGUGUAUGAUUAUGAAUGUGCUGCAGUUGUUGUCUUGUGUGUUCCUCCAAACAACACAAAUUAUCCUUCUUUCUGGCCAGAGGGUCGACACUCCAAAAAAUAUGGCCCAGUAUUCACAAUUGACCACAUUUCACAUAACCACUAUACAAACAUCAAGACAUGGGUAUUUCGUAUUAAUAAGAAGAUUGUAUCACUCACUGAACUGAUGGCUGGUGUGAAGGCACCCCCAAGAACUGUUCAACUCUUCCAACUUGGAUGCUGGCCCAUGGGUCAUAAGGUACCAACAUCAACUAACUCACUUGUAGAGUUGAUGAAUAUGGUAGAACGAUGGCGUCAACGCACAGAAUAUGGGCCAGUGGUUGUUGUAUCUCCGGAUGGACGCAGUCGUUGUGGGGUCUACUGUGCAGCAAAUGCUUGCAUUGAGCAAGUUAUUCAGCACGGAGAAGUGGACAUCUUCCAGGCUGUGAAAACUGUCCGCAGGCAUCGGCCCCAGCUUGUGGAAAACAUGACAGAAUACAAAUACUGCUAUGACUUGGUGCUCCACUACGUUCUCCAUUACCUCAAUAAGGACAUGAAAGAGAAAAAGUGAGAAAGUGAGCAGGAAACACA